GGGCGCUAGGUUUGGCCCAAUGCACCAAGUGCCUGUGCGCUCAGCCCACAAGCUGCUGCUUCACACAGUGGCAGGGGUCAUUAGCAUGUGUGCGGGGGUCUCCUCUGUGAGCAGCUCGCCAGCAGUCUACAGGUUGCCCGCCGUGCCCGGUUGCGAGGCUACGAAGUGCAAUGACGUUGUGUUGCGCCCAGCUCGGGAGAGUAGCCAAAAGCCCCAGCAUGUGGUUUAUUUCCCAGGGGAUGUGCAGAAUUAUCGUGAUGUGAUGGCUAGCCACCCAGAAAAUUUCCGAUGGAAACAGUGGAGCCUAGAAGAUGUUGCCGACAUGCUUUCUCAGCGCUUUCCCUACAGUUACAUCUGGAUCAUUAAAUCAUCUCGCAUGCACUUACACAAAUUCAGCUGCUACGAUAACUUUGUGGAGAGCAACAUGUUUGGGGCUCCGAAGCACAGCACUGAGCUGGGAGCAUUUAAGCAUCUUCAGUCACUGCUGACCAAUGCUUUCAGUGCAGCCCAGAGUCUUCUAGUAUCACAGAAUAACAAAUACAGUGUGGACAGAGAUUAUGAUCUGUCUAAAAUGGAUAUUUGUCCCACAUACACUACAAAUGGUUGUCCUGAAAAAGACAAUAUAAUCCAUUCUACAAUUUAUCUAGGUAUGCCUUCCUUAAAGGAUUCAUUGUCUAUUACAGUGAUUGGAUUCAGCAAAGGUUGCGUUGUAUUAAAUCAACUACUUUAUGAACUGCAAGAAGCCAUCAAAGACAAGGAUAUUCAGUCUUUCCUUGCGAACAUCAAGGCCAUGUACUGGCUUGAUGGGGGGCAUUCUGGUGGCUGUGACACAUGGAUUACAAAUCCUGAAAUCUUAAAAGCCUUUGCUCUGACAGGGAUUGCAGUGCACACACAUGUCACACCAUACCAAGUUAGAGACAUUAUGCGUUCAUGGAUUGGGGAGGAGCACAGGAAGUUUGUACAGCUCUUGAAGAAAUAUAAUGUAAAGGUUGAAAACCAGCUGCAUUUUUCAUAUGAAAUGCCUUCCCUAGAUAAUCAUUUUCAAGUUCAUGAAGUAUUCUGAAUUUAUUACAUACAAAUAUAUCUUGACAUGCUAGUGGCACUAGUAGGUCACAUCUCAUGAGAUCAAACUAAAGGACAAAAAAACAUUUUCUAUGCAAAUUUCAUUUUCUCCAACAAAAGCCUCAUCCAUGUAUGAUCAUAAAGCUAGGCUGACCCUAAAUACAGCAUUAGCGGUUUCUUCCUUAAAGUUUAUUUGUUGCAUUGGUAUAUCUAGUUAUUGGUAUACUUUAUUAAUACACUAUGCAUCAACUGUGUCUGCAAGAUUGGAUUUUGUAGUGAUUACUAUUUACUUUCUGUCCUGUGUUUAAUGUAGGUUUUGGGAACAUGCUAGUGUUCAGUUUGUGGACCUUUGCCUGUGUACUCUGUUUUCUAUGCUAAUUGUAUUUGUUUCUGGCAUUAUUUGUGUAGUCACACAAUUCUGGUUGUGUUUUGGUAUUUAUAACAAAAAUCUUUUUUUUUUUUAACUCUUGAUCAUUCCAAAGUGUACAUCUUUAUAAAACUCAGCUAUAACUUUUCAUACAAUAUAUAGAUUUGGGCACAACUGCAAUACAAUUUAAACAAAAAUUAGUAAGGCCUUGCAACUGGUUGGGUUACAUUUGCAAUCAUAAUGCACUAUCUUCAAAAGAAAAACAUUUGUAUUUAUGGUUGACACCAGUUUAUAAUUUCUACUGGAUGGGAAAAUGGGUUAUCUAAAUAAACACUAAUGUGCCCCAGGCCCUGCCCCAAAAGUAACAGAACACUCUUUAAAGAGGCAGGUAGUACUGUAUUCUUGAAUUCUGUGAAUAUUGCACACUGUCUUACUGGCUUCUGUAAAAAGUCUUCUUUUAAGGCAGGCAAUGUUGGGGCAGGCUGGGAGUGGGAGUAAAACAGGUGGAUAACAAAAAAUGCCAGGUAAUGCACUUGGCUAAAAAGGGUCUGGGGAGAAUACUGUUUUAGUAAGCCAGAUCACCAAAAUGUUAUCACUUUUGUGCUUUUAUUUGAUGCUUGUUUUUAUUCCUUUUAAAGCAGCUGUUCUGCUUCAUGGUUUAAUUCAUAGCUAUCUUUAAUUUAACAAAUUGACAACACUGGUCUGAGAUCUCACUAGCACUAACAGUGAAUGACAAAGCAAAAGAAACAAAUCGGCAGUUAAAAGUAAUUUUAUGAAAACUAUAAUGUAUUUAGUAAUAGAUAACUACCCAGAGCUAAUAAGAUAUCCAUUAAAAUGUAGUAGAAAUAAUUUAAACUGGCACACUUGGGGUUAACAUGGUAAUGUCUAUGAUAUUUGGCUGAAUCAGUCUACUCAGCUCCAAGUCAAAAGAAGCUGCUUUAUACUGCAUCUUUUCUUUGACUCGGCCAGGACAUUAGAAUACUGCAAGGAUUGUUCAGCAGUCGGGUCCCGUGCCAUUUUGUGCCAGUCUCUGAUACCAUUCAUAUGUAAUGAAUUAAUAUUUCAUUCUAAAAUACCAAGAACUUUUCCCCAAAACUGUGCCUAAGUGUAUGGUACUUAUGAGGCCUAAUUAAAGCUCUAAAAGUCUGUCAUGUCUCUAAAGAUUAUUUGUCCUGUUUGUGAGAAGCUUUACCAGCAGGGUUGGAAAGCUUGUAUGAUUUUUAGAUACUCUCUGUGAUUUUACUUUGUUGACUGUGCUUCAUCUGUUAUAAGAAGCACAGUUGCGAGUGUUUCACUUUUGCUUCCCUGCUCAGUUCCAUCUCUCAUAUCACAAUAAACAGAGAUUUUGCUGUUCCAUUGGCUGUUGCCACAGAAAGCUAUACUGUUUCUAAUAUAUAUAAAAAAAACAGCACUGCAAUUGUUAUAUGGAUGGGUACAUGUCCUCUUUAAGGCAGAAAUCUGCAGCUGUUGCAGUAGUAGGUGAUCUAACAUACUUCCACUUUGGGAGCUAUAUUUCAGUAAAAAAAAAAAAACUGCAGGUUGUAGAUACUGAGAAUAAAAUUACAUAUUAAUAUUUACAAUUUGGAUACUGUAACAGUCUGAAUAAAGAUCAUAAAAUCAGGA